GUGUGGGAUUAUUUUUCUACAAUAUAUGGUGGGAGAGUGCGCUGUAGUGAGCUCCCAUCUACGAAAAUAAACGAGAAAAUUGGCGAUAGAAAGGUGGUGGAUUUGUAUUUUUCUGCUAGUUGGGAACACAUAAACAGGUACCCUGGACUUUUCAGAGACCCACUCUGACAUGUCUUAUGUCUUCGUCAAUGACUCGUCACAAACCAGUGUGCCACUGCUACAGGCGUGCAUUGACGGGGACUUAGUCUACUCUAGGCGCCUGAUGGAGACAGGCUGUGACCCCAACAUUAGGGACAGCCGUGGACGCACCGGCAUGCACCUGGCUGCUGCUCGAGGCAAUGUGGAGAUCUGCCGCUUCCUGCACAAGUUUGGGGCUGACCUAUUGGCUACUGAUUACCAGGGCAACACUGCACUGCACAUGUGCGGUCAUGUGGACACCAUCCAAUUCCUGGUGUCCAAUGGCCUCAAGAUUGACAUAUGUAACCACAAUGGGUCAACUCCUCUGGUGCUAGCAAAGAGACGAGGCGUGAACAAGGACGCCAUUCGCCUGCUUGAGGGGCUGGAGGAGCAGGAGGUGAAGGGAUUCAACCGAGGGCCACACUCCAAGCUCGAGACCAUGCAGAUGGCUGAGAGUGAGAGUGCUAUGGAGAGCCACUCCCUUCUCAACCCCAACCUACAGAACAGCGAGGGGGUGCUGUCCAGCUUCCGUACCACCUGGCAGGAGUUUGUGGAGGACCUGGGCUUCUGGAGAGUGCUACUCUUGUUGGUGGUUAUUGCCCUUCUCUCCCUGGGCAUUGCCUACUAUGUCAGUGGGGUACUGCCCUUUGCUGCCAACCAGCUGGAGCUGGUGCACUGAGGCAAGGGGGCAGGGGGCAGGGGAGGGCAGGGGCAGCGACCAGCUGGAAGGGAGUUGUCUUUGGUUUUUUGGUUUGUUGUUGUUAUAAACUCAUGAUCAAGCCUUCAAUUCUCUGACCUUCCUGGACCCUGUUUGCUAUUUCAGUAAAGUUGCCAUCCUUUCAAUUCUAAUAUACAUUUUAUCAUGCUAUGAAUGAUGUGAAUGGUGAACACCAUUUGGCAUCUGGAAAACAUUGCUGCUUUCCAUUAAGUGACUGCUUCGUGUUAAGGGAGAUCAAGUUCUUAUGCCAUGUAAACAACCAGUAUCAACAUAUUCUGUGUAUCAUCUUAUUCAUAUAAUUUAGCUAAGCUUUAAACUAACCAGAUUACAGUAAGGUGUUCCGCUGACACAGAUAUUUGCUCUAACAAAGGACCUUAUUUGUAGUCAGAUUAAAUUAGCCCAGAUGUGUUACAAUGCAGAUACUUUUGGAGCAACCAAGUAAACAUGUCUGUCUUUAUGUUUUUUUUGUUUUUUUUUUCCCCUCAGAUUUCUUGUGUGAGAUCAUAUUCAGUCAGUACAACUGAGUUGCAGUAGUGAUACUGCAAGGUUAAAGACUGUUGGUGGAGGGUGUUUUCCUCACAGCAGCAAACCCUCUUGGUUGCUCUGUAUUUGUUCAGUCUUUUUAUGUUGAUGUUACCAUGGUCUCAUGCCAUAAAUAUUUCUAAGUGAUAAUAAAUAUAUGUAGCAGCCUUAUCAUGCAUAUUUAUGUAUGUCCGCAAGACUUAAUUUUUCUGGUCCCUACAAUCGUUUACCUUUCAAGUAUACAGCAGGAGUAUUCACCCAAGAGUAACUGUACAUUUUGCACUUCUAUGUUAUGUUUUGGAAAAAAGAUUCAGCAAAAAUCUGAAUGAGUUUUAAGCAAGUAAGUUGCACACUGGUAUAUAUAUAUUUUUUUAAAAUCAAUUCAAUUUUGUGAAUGUUGGGGGUGUCUUACCGUUCCUACAUACACAUUGUAGUCAUAUUCUGAUUUUCUUUUCUUUUUGUUUUAUGUUAUGCUCGAUUGUGUUGAACUAAGUUUGAAUAUCGUGAAUUUUUAUAAUGCAAUGAUGUCCUUUAAUACAAAAAAUGUGAACCAUUCCAAUAGCUUCGUUGUCAGCUUCAUUUCCCCAUGCUUCAGGUUGUAUAACGUAUAAACGGGGGCCUCUAAAUCAUGUAGGAUUGUGUUUUAUUUUGCUCCAGGUUAUAUACGAUAUAGUUUGUAGCAGUAACCAUUUAAAAUGUUAACAUAUCAUUUGCUUUUGAUUGAUGUAUUCAUCAUUACUCAUUAAACUGUCUAAUGUUCAUGUA